AUGUACAUAGACGCUUGCACACCAGAGCCCCUAGAUUUCCACGAGACCUCCAUCGAGUUCGACCCAACCUGCGACCUAGUCGUCGUGUUUCCAGUACCGUUACAAGUUGAAGAAUCAGCCUUACGCACCUUGGGUCGAAUCGGAGAGUACUGUAUGCUCACCAGAGGGAAAGCGCGGAAAAUGAUACCAGAAAAAGAGGAGUUGGAACAAGGGCUGGUCCCAGAGGAAGAAAUACCAACAAGUUCUUCGAGAAGUACCAUUUCACAUGAUCUCACUUCUACUACCACUACCCCAGAUCCGCUAAAUGAAUUAUCGCAGCAGUUGUCACAAUUGUUAGCCAUUAUGACGAUGCAACAAAAGGAACAAAAUGCAUUAAGGGAAGAACUGGCUACGAUGAAAGCUGACCGACAGAACCAACAGAUACUCACAUCGAAAGGGGCAAGUUUGAUCGAAGUCGAAGAAAACAAGCCGUGUUUGGAGCCGAAACUUACCAACAACAAACGAACAGGAAGAACCAGGUGUGCGGAUCCACCUACCUUCAGUGGAGAACGAGGAGAAUUGGACAACUUCCUUGCAGCAUGUCACAUGAACUUCGAAUUCAAAGGGGCAGAGUACGCCACCGAUCGCAGAAAGAUCCUGUUCAUGUACGGGUAUCUUCGAGGCACCCCUCAAAUGCUUAUAACCCCGGCCAUAACCAAUCCAAUGGUAAAUAACACCGACCCUCGAACCAAAUCGGACUGGAUCUAUUUCAAACAGCAUGUGAUAGGGACUGAGGAGAACCAACGGAUGGCUGAAACGAUGAUUGCAGCGAAUCGAUGGGCUGCUAGACGCAAACAUGAGACGACCUGGCUUCCCCCUCGAUCGAAUUCGAUGCGAUUGGAUACUAGUUUGCCCAACCCGGUAGAACGCCACUCACAAUCGACUGGUAGAGGACCCUUGCCCGGUGGAAAACCAGGGAUGAUGAAUUAUGGUCUACCAAAUGACCCUCCGGUCACUUGGACAGAGGACGGAGGACGUCUCAGCGAGAACGAAAUGACUUGGAGGAGGGAGAACCGACGUUGUCUCAAAUGUAGAAGUCCAGAACAUUACGCCAACAACUGUCCAAAUGGAGGAAAUACGAGAAACAACAUUAGGGGAUCCCCAAACCCGCAUAGCUCACCGAUUCCUAGUGGAUCGAACUCGAUCCCAACUGGAUCCAAAGGGCCAUUAGUUCGAGGAAUGGCGGUGACCUUUGAAGAAGAGGGAAACGACUACCUGGCCUAA